ACAGAGCGAAAGUCCUAGUGAUAAGGUAUCAGCAACCUCGUUUCUCAUAGAACCUCGACCUUCUUAUCGACCCUUUGGCUUGGUCGAGGUCACGACACCUAUCACCACUCUUUACGCGUCCCCGUUUACAGGCAUAUAUGAAAUGUGGGUGUGAUUGUGUGUGAGUGUUUGCGCGGUGUGUCAGGAUGCUGCAUCUUGUCGUUCUCUGUGUGUGUCUUCUUCAUCUGUCGGGCUCCGCUCCCGUCGUUGAUACCAAAUUUGGUAAACUAGAGGGAGUCGAGACGAGCACCAACUACGCUUACUACGGGGUCCCCUACGCCCAGCCUCCAGUCGGCGCACUCAGGUGGACGCCCCCGAGGGACCCAGCACAAUGGUCUUCUGUAUACAGUGCUACGAACAUAAAACCUGGAUGUCCCCAAUACAAAUGCGAGAACUUCAAUCCACCGCUAGUGUGCCCGACGCAUGUGUCUGAAGACUGCCUGUACCUGAACAUUUGGGCCCCUCUCGGCACCAACAUCACCUCUUCCCUCGCCGUCAUGGUCUACAUUCACGGCGGCAACUUCGUCCACAUGAGUGGCGGUGGCCUGUUGUACGACGGCAGUGUUCUCAGUCAGAAGGGAAACGUCAUUGUCGUCAACGUGGACUACAGGCUAGGUGCUCUUGGUUUCUUGGUAACUGGAACUGAGGAUGGAGAUGCUGUCGGGAACUACGGGAUCCUGGAUCAGAGACUGGCCCUGAAGUGGGUCAGCGAGAACAUCAAGGCGUUUGGAGGUGACUCAAGCAGAGUGACCUUGUUCGGCCAAAGUGCUGGAGCUCAGUCAGCUGUGAUCCAUCUGGCCUCAGAAGAAAGCAGCGCCUUGUUCCGCAACGCUAUCAUUGAGAGUUCCCCAUUCUCCAUCCCGUACAAAACCCACGCCGAGGCACUGAUCCUAGGAGCCCAUCUUGCCAGCCCGUUAAACUGUACAGCCAGAGACAUCAAUUGCCUCAGACAGAAGAACUCGGUGGAUAUAGCUCAGGCUCAGUUCAUCAGCAGAAGUAAGCUCUCUUCACUGAGAUACCUCGAGGAGUUCGAACCCUGGGGCCCCUGGGUGGACGGGGUCACUGUCAAGGCAGAACCCGUCACAGCCAUGGACAAGGGACUGUUUCAGAAGAAACCUGUCAUGAUUGGCACGACGUCCGAGGAGACCCGUCUGUACAUCUACAGCGCGUGGGAUAAGCCCAUAGAUACUGUUAUCUACACUGCCGCUAUUCUUGCCACUCAUCCUAACCAUGGUGUAGAUAUCAUGUACGAAUACCCACCAGAUGAACCUCAGGAUCAGAGGAACAAUUUGGCCGUUGUUGCUACCGAUUUCAUCUUCGGUUGUGCCUCCCGCCACGUGACAAGGAAGAUGCUGGAAUACGGCGUGCGCGACGUAUGGCUCUACGUCUACGACCACGCGUUCUCCUUCCCUGGCUGGGGGAACAUGACCUUCUGUCAAGGUCACGUUUGCCAUGGGUCGGAAGUUCCGUUCGUGUUCCAGUCGGCUGGUCGGGGAGGGUUCAAAUACACACCCGACGAAUUGGCCCUUAGUGAUCUGGUCAUCAGCUACUGGUCAAACUUUGCCAAGACAGGGGACCCACAGGGAUUGCCCGGCUCUAGAGACAAGGUCAAGGCCGUCCCGGCUUGGCCUCGUUAUGAUGCAGAGAUCCAGCAGCUGCACUGGCCCUAUCAACAUUUCCAGACACCGAAGUCGUUCGUAGAUCCGAACUAUAACGGUCCUUACUGUGACUUCUGGGACGAAGUUGGAUAUGAUAAUUAAUGUAUUGUGAUUUGAAUUCCAUGGGAACAAUAUUUAUCAUAAGAGUUACUUGUGUAUGAUAAAACCCUAUGCGUUUUAAUGGCAAUUAUGUAUUCCCCUUAAGCAUUUAAGCUCAUAUUUUCAAAUACUUGCAUGAAUUCUUAUACAAUUUCUACGACACAUGUAUACUUACAGUUAAUAUCUUUUUUAUUUCCAAUGCAUGAUAAUUAAUAUGUUUAGUUAUAGGGCGGGUCAAAACUAUUACAACUGGAACUGCGUAGCUUUCAGAUAUGUGUUGCAUAAGAGCCGCUGUUGACGAGCUAAUCCUCACAUAAACAAUUAAAACAUAUAA